AUGACAGCCCUAUACAGGCCCACCGAGGCCAUCUCGCUCCUGCGCCCAUCCCUCGUGCUCCCCCGGGUCCAGCCGUCUUGCAUGCGGCGGGCGCGCGCAGCCUUCUCCACCACGCGCAAUGCCCAGGCUACCCCCAGCUUCCCCGGCAGUCCCGCGCCCAUGCCGCCACGCAAGUCGAUCACCCUCACCGGCGACACGGGACGAGUGCGGUGGACGGAGCUCUCGCCAGGCGAGAAGGUCGUGCGGACGACCCAGCAAUCCUUCCACUUUGUCGUUAUCGCCAUGGGUGUCCUUGCUACCGCCGGUGUAACCUACUUCCUCUUCAGCGACGUCUUCUCCCCCAACUCCAAAACCGCACACUUCAACCACGCCACAGACAUGAUACGGCAGGACCCACGCUGCCAAAAGCUGCUCGGCGACGCUUCUCAGAUCGCGGCGUUCGGCGAAGCCUCGUGGUCGCGCUGGGCACGCAAUCGCUACAUCACCAGCACCGAAGAGACGGACAAAUGGGGCACCGACCACCUUCGCUUCAGGUUCUACGUGGAAGGCCCCCUUGGCCAGGGCGUCGUGAAUGCGCAUCUGGUGAAGAAGCCGAGUAUGGAUGCAUUCGAGUAUGCCGAGCUGGCUGUCGAUGUCAAGGGCCACCGCAGGAUCGAUUUGGCGAGCAAGGAGAAGCAGGACCAUGUUGCGCCAAAGAUUUUUGGCGCGAGAUGGUGGUAG